AUGGAAAAAGAGCCAGAGCAGCUUUGCAAGCUCUUUAUUGGUGGUCUAAGCUUUGAAACUACUGAUGAAUCUCUAAGAGUGCAUUUUGAACAAUGGGCUGCACUAACAGACUGUGUGGUAUUGAGAGAUCCCAACACAAAGCAAUCCAGAGGCUUUGUCACCUAUUCUACUAUUAAAGAAUUAGAUGCUGCAAUGGCUGCAAGACCACACAAAGUCGAUGUCAGAGUGGUGGAACCCAAGAGAUCAGUUUCCAGGGAGGACUCGCAGAAGCCAGGAGCUCACCUGACCAUUAAAAAAACAUUCAUUGGUGGAAUUAAACAAGAUACAGAAGAACACCAUCUAAAAGAUUAUUUCACAGAGUAUGUCAAAAUAGAAGUUAUAGAAAUCAUGACUGAUUGUGGAAGUGGAAAGAAGAGGGGCUUUGCUUUCAUCACAUUUGAUGACCAUGAUUCGGUCGACAAAAUUGAUUCAGAAAUAUCAUACAAAAUAUACCAAUAUAAUACCAAUAUUAUGAAAAUUCAGAGAUACAAGUUAUGA